AUGGCGCUCGACCAGUACAAUUACAUCUUCGCAAUCGGGACCCUGUUCGCCUUGCUUGACGCGUUCAACAAUGGCGCAAAUGAUGUGGCCAACUCGUGGGCGACUUCGGUCUCGUCCCGCUCGAUCUCGUACAGGCAGGCCAUGAUCCUUGGCACCAUCUUCGAGACGCUCGGUGCCAUUACCGUCGGCGCCCGCACGGCCGAGACCAUUAAGAACGGCAUCAUCCCCAACGAAGCCUUUCGCGGCAACGCCGGCGUCCAGAUGCUCGGCUUCACCUGUGCUCUGGCUGCUGCGUCGUCGUGGGUCAUGUGGUGCACGCGGCACUCGGCCCACGCUGGUGUCGGCGUCGCGACGGUGGGGGCGUCCAAGGUUCAGUGGGGGUGGAACGACGGCAAGGGCCUCGGCGCCAUCUUCGCCGGCCUCGGCAUGGCCCCGGCCAUCUCGGGCGCGUUCGCCGCCAGCAUCUUCAUGCUGAUCAAGCUCGCCGUGCACAUACGCAAAGACCCCGUGCCCUGGGCCGUCUACAGCUCGCCCAUCUUCUUCCUCAUCGCCGGCACCAUCUGCACCCUCUCGAUCGUGUACAAGGGCUCGCCCAACCUCGGCCUCAACAAGAAGCCGUCGUGGUACAUUGCGGCCGUGACCAUGGGUACGGGAGGCGGCGUUGCCCUGCUCUCGGCCAUCUUCUUCGUGCCCUUCGUCCACGCCAGGGUGAUCAAGAAAGACUACACUGUCAAGUGGUGGAUGUUCAUCUACGGCCCGCUGCUCCUGAGGCGCCCCGCCCCGCCUGAUGCGGACCGCGCCUACGUCCCCGAUUAUUCAGUCGUCCAGGAGGAGAAGAGCCAGGAGGAGGAGAGCCAGGAGGCAGAGGCGGCGGAGAAGCAGCAGUCGUCGCCGCCCACGCCGCCCGAGGGCCAGGAGAAGAAGCUGGUCGUAACCGAGGUCCCCCAGCUCACGUACAAGGAGCUCGCCGCCCAGGCCGACAAGAGGCUGCACGACCGCCUGCUCAAGAAGCGCGGGCCGAUGGGCUGGGCGAUGCGCACCCUUCGGGACAACCCCAUGGGCGCCGGCGAGAUAUACGAGCUCCAAAACAUCAAGAUCCUGCUGAAGCGCGUGCCGGCCAUGAUCGUCUGCGGCGCCCUCUACGGCCUCCACUACGACAUCCACGCCGCGCAGUCGGGCAUCGCCGGCACGCCCGAGGGCGAGCGGAUGCAGCGCGUCUACGCCCACGCCAAGAAGUACCCCAACGAGGUCGAGCAUACCUACUCGUUCGUGCAGAUCCUGACGGCCUGCACCGCCUCCUUCGCCCACGGCGCCAACGACAUUGGCAAUUCGGUCGGCCCCUGGGCCGUCAUCUACCGUGCCUGGUCCACCGGCGACGCCGCCGCCUCCAAGGCGCCGGUCGAGGUCUGGCAGCUGGCCGUCCUUGCGCUGACCAUUUCUCUCGGGCUCUGUACCUACGGCUACAAUAUCAUGAAGGUCAUGGGCAACAAGAUCACGUACCACUCUCCCAGCCGAGGCUGCUCCAUGGAGAUGGGCGCCGCCAUCACCGUCCUGCUCUUCUCGCAGUACUCGCUGCCCGUCUCGACAUCCAUGUGCAUCACCGGCGCGACCGUCGGCGUCGGCCUCUGCAACGGCACCCUGCGAGCGGUCAACUUCCAGCGGGUCGGCCUCUUGCUGCUCUCCUGGAUCGCCACCAUCCCCAUCGCCGGCACUCUCGCGGGCGUCCUGAUGGGCUUGUUCAUCAACGCGCCUCACUUCGCCUAA